UGUUGGGUUAAUAGAGAGCGGUCCCCAUGUGGAAAAGAAGCAGGCAUAUAUUGUCAUCAGGCAUGCCAAGUUUGGGCCAUUAAAGAAGGGUUCACAAAAGAAGACAGCUGCCUCUAAGGUUGGCCUUACACUUUCAGCUAUUGAUGACGAUCAAGAAUGUGGAGUGGAGGAUACUGAAGCUGUUGGGGAUGAAGAUGGCAGCAUUACAGAAGAUUUGACUGAUGAAGACGUGGAAGAUACGUUUGACAGGAGGGCUUUCGAUGAGGGUAGAACCGUCAUUAACCAGCCAGUGGAGAGAGAAAAUAAUAGGUACAGACGAGAAUCACCACCACCACCCCUACCAGUGACUGCAUCUUCAUCACCUGCGGCGGAGAGAGAAAAUAGGUACAAACGAGAAUCACCACCACCACCAGUGACUGCAUCUUUAUCGCCUGCAGCGGAGAGAGAAAAUAGGUACAGACGAGAACCGCCACCACCACCAGUGACUGCAUCUUCAUCACCUGCAGUAGAAAAUAGGUACAGACGAGAACCUCCACCUCCACCGCCACCACCAGUGACUGCAUCUUCAUCACCUGCAGUAGAAAAUAGGUACCAAAGGGAGACCACGCCACCACCAGUGACUGCAUCUUCAUCACCUGCAGUCGAAAAUAGGUACAGAAGGGAGACCACUCUGCCGCCGCCGCCACCGUCAUGGCGGGCAGCACCUUCUGUUGCGGGAGAAAAUAGGACUAAUUAUAACAGAAGAGAACCACCACCACUGCCACCCCCACCCCCACAAUUUAAAAUGAAUCCUUCCCUGCAUCCACCUCCAAGAAGCUCAUCAGAUUCCAAUUUCUUGAAUACUAAUAAUAGGUCUUCUCCAUCAGGUGGUACUCAUAGUAGAUCUCCCCCCUCAGAUUAUAGUACCUUCAAUAUCCCAAAAGCUGAAAAUGCUCCUGCAGAAGGGAAUGUAGCAGGAGUUUAUAAUAGAUACAAGAAAGAAAAUAGGGGUAGUUCUGCAAGAUAUUCAACGGACCCUUAAAAGGCAGGGAAAGUGAUUACACUUAUUUGUUAACUGUGGAAACUCAACAAUGGAUUGCUGAGGUCUCUUCCAUUUGAGAAGAUCAGAAAAUGCGGUUUAGAAAUUUGUUAAUAAUUGAUUCUCUUCUCAUGUCCUAAAAUAAUUGUGCCGCUUAUACUACAUUGAUUUACGCAUUGAUUUGUAUUGAUGUACUUGCUGCUUCAUUUUAUUUGCGUUUCACAAUUUUAUCUUUUCUUGAAGUCUCGCUUCUGCAUAAUGAGAUGCUGGAAUGCUGGAUAUCUGCUUUGUCACAGUUAAAAAAU